UUCGAAAAGUAGUGUCGAAGAUUUCUCAUUUCACAAUACAUCGAGUUUCAUAAUGGCCUCUGAAAUACAAGCGAUUAAGUACAUAAAGCUAUUAUUCGAUGCAAACAUGAAACACAAUAAUCUCUACUAUCGAAACUGCGUAUUUAAUUGAAGAAAUAAUUCCUCCAAUAAUUAAUUCUUAACGAAUGGAACCUCAGAAAAUCGGAUUAGAUAAAAAUGCGUCCGAUUGUGAAUUCGGAUGAAUCCGUAACAGCAGAUCGAUCCGUAAACGUCGUUCGGUACAUCGAUCAUCCAUCACGACAUCCUAAGGAACAAAUAUCUGACACGAAAAAUGCACAAACGGAAUACGAAGCGCAUUUAUUGCAAAAUGCUGCCCAUUCUUCGACAUAUAAAUCUAACACGAUAUCGUUAGAUCGGCAUAAUCCCGUUUAUCGUGAACGGCGUGUCAAUGGCAUAGUGGCAAAUCAAUCGGACGUCUCGAAGGAUUCUGAGCAAAGGGAGCAAAAACAUACAGGUGUCGACACACGCGAUAUCGAUUUCUUAUAUAGGUAUAGAUCGAAAUCCUGCUUUCCCAAGCUACAUCUAUGGUGUGCGAGAUGGUGUCGUAGAAAGAAAGAAUAUUCCGAACGCGUUCUGGGAGAGCCGUCGAGAUGGUUUCUUGAGCGCAUGAGAGAGCGAAGCAGAGAGUGCGCGAAACCAGACGACGUAGCGGUCACUGGUGUAUCAGCUACUCUGCACCGAGAACCGAUAAGCCGUCGAAGUGCCCCGAGGAAAUUCAAGAGAGGUCGUAAACAGGAUGAAGCGGUCGAAGUUACCGAUAAGGAUGUUUUCGAGGGAAUCAGGGAGGAGAGAAGGAGAAGAGAGAGGAAGGAGAAGGAAAGAAGGGAGAGGAGAGAAAGACGUAAGUGGGAAGAACGAGUGCCGCAUUUUAUCGUGGAUACGCACUUGGUAGCGCGCGACGAGGACCUGGAAGUCCCCGAGGAUCACGUCCAGGACCACGUCCUGGAGAAACCACCUUUACCGCUCACCGACUUCACGAAGAGCUGCUGUUACUUGUGCGCUCAGAACACGCUGGCGAUCGCAACCGCUAGCGCCAAACCGGAGCAGUCCGACAAGAGUGUCCAAGUUUCGGCUCAUAAAUUUCACGCGGAGACACCCCCGAAGCUCGACAAGAGCUGCAGCCCGAUACUCCUGGUGCGCACCAUCCAGUCGUCCGUCAAAGUGAGGACACGCGAGACCAGCACGCUCUGUCCCGGUACAAGCAUGGUGGAGCGCAGAGAAAUGGAGCCGAGGUUGAAGAAGUGCAAGAAGUUCAACGUGUUCCUGGGGUUGACGCGGACGAAGUGCCCGGCGGGACGACGUACCUGCGAGAUUGAUAAAGCCGUGGUAGCUGGACGCGAUGAUAACGCGGAGAAACGCGAGCCGAGAAACGAGAAGUGUUGCAGGGAGAAGAAUGCUUGAUGCAUGGGAUAUAUCGGAAAUUUAUUAAU